CGCGCUGGGCGCUGCUGGGCUGCGGCGGCGGCGGCGGCGGCGGCGGUGGUUACUAUGGCGGAGUCGGCCGGAGCCUCCUCCUUCUUUCCUCUUGUUGUCCUUCUGCUCGCCGGCAACGGCGGGUCUGGGCCCCGGGGGAUCCAGGCUCUGCUGUGUGCAUGCACCAGCUGUCUACAGGCCAACUACACGUGUGAAACAGAUGGGGCCUGCAUGGUUUCCAUCUUCAACCUGGAUGGGAUGGAGCACCAUGUGCGUACCUGCAUCCCCAAAGUGGAGCUGGUCCCUGCUGGGAAGCCCUUCUACUGCCUGAGCUCAGAGGAUCUGCGCAACACCCACUGUUGCUAUACUGACUUCUGCAACAAGAUCGACUUGAGGGUGCCCAGUGGUCACCUCAAGGAGCCUGAGCACCCUUCCGUGUGGGGCCCUGUGGAGCUGGUAGGCAUUAUUGCUGGCCCAGUCUUCCUUCUGUUUCUCAUCAUCAUCAUUGUUUUCCUUGUUAUUAACUAUCAUCAGCGUGUCUAUCACAACCGCCAGAGACUGGACAUGGAAGAUCCCUCAUGUGAGAUGUGUCUUUCCAAAGACAAGACGCUUCAGGAUCUUGUCUACGAUCUCUCCACAUCAGGGUCUGGCUCAGGGUUACCUCUCUUUGUCCAGCGCACAGUGGCCCGCACCAUUGUUUUACAGGAGAUUAUCGGCAAAGGCCGGUUUGGGGAAGUAUGGCGUGGCCGCUGGAGGGGUGGUGAUGUAGCUGUAAAAAUUUUCUCUUCUCGUGAAGAACGGUCUUGGUUCCGGGAAGCCGAGAUAUACCAGACAGUCAUGUUGCGGCAUGAAAACAUCCUUGGAUUUAUUGCUGCUGACAAUAAAGACUGCUUAUUCCUUACAUUGCUGUGGAGGUUGGUGAUAGCCUCAACUACCCCCAAGUUAGAGAUUCUUAGGAUUGCAUAUAGGGGAAGAAAGGGAAGGAGAAUGUUUCUGUUCUCUGCAGAUAAUGGCACCUGGACACAGCUAUGGCUCGUCUCUGACUACCAUGAACAUGGCUCCUUGUUUGAUUAUCUUAACCGCUACACAGUAACCAUUGAGGGCAUGAUUAAGUUGGCCCUCUCUGCUGCCAGUGGCUUGGCACACCUACAUAUGGAGAUUGUGGGCACUCAAGGGAAGCCUGGAAUUGCUCAUCGAGACUUAAAGUCAAAGAACAUCCUGGUGAAGAAAAAUGGCAUGUGUGCCAUCGCAGACCUGGGCCUGGCUGUCCGUCAUGAUGCAGUCACUGACACCAUUGACAUUGCCCCAAAUCAGAGGGUGGGAACCAAACGAUACAUGGCCCCUGAAGUACUUGAUGAAACUAUUAACAUGAAACACUUUGACUCCUUUAAAUGUGCUGAUAUCUAUGCCCUUGGGCUUGUAUAUUGGGAGAUUGCUCGAAGGUGCAAUUCUGGAGGAGUCCAUGAAGAAUAUCAGCUGCCAUAUUACGACUUAGUGCCCUCCGACCCUUCCAUUGAGGAAAUGCGAAAGGUUGUCUGUGACCAGAAGCUACGUCCCAAUAUCCCCAACUGGUGGCAGAGUUACGAGGCAUUACGGGUGAUGGGGAAGAUGAUGCGGGAGUGCUGGUACGCCAACGGCGCAGCCCGUCUGACUGCGCUGCGCAUAAAGAAGACCCUGUCACAACUCAGCGUGCAGGAAGAUGUGAAGAUCUAGCCUGUUCUCUCCCCUGCACACAACCCUGGGCAGCGAGAACUAUGUGCAGCUGCCAUGUUGAGCGUACAGUGGAGGCCUACCUCUCGUUUCUGCCCAGCCCUCUGUGGCCAGAGCCCUGGCCCCACCAGAGGGACAGAGCCCGGGAGACACGCUCACUCCCAUGUUGGGUUUGAGACAGACACCUUUUAUAUUUACCUCCUGAUGGCAUGGAGACUCUGAGAGCAAAUCGUGUGGAGAACUCAAUGCCACAACUCAAACUGGUUGCAGUGGGAAGUCCACAAAACCCGGUGCAUCUGGCACUUAGCCAGGAAUGGUGAAAGGGUGGCCGGGGAGGGGCUAGGAGGAGCCAAGUUGUUGCCCUCCAGGGACCAGCCCGUGGCACACCAAAGUGGUCCAGAAGUGUAGCCCCUCUCCAGGCGGCUCUGAGCCACGUGCUCCCUUCCUCCUUACACAGACAUCUUGAGGACUGCCAGUGGAGACGGAACCUGCUGCCUGUCUGUCCAGCCGUGUGUGCAUGUGCUGAGGUGCGUCCCCUGUUGUGCCUGGUCUGUGCCACGCCCUUACACGUGUGUGUAUGUGUGUGUGUUUAGGUAUGCACUUGCUUGAGCUUUCUGUGCAUGUGCAGGCCAGGGGUGUGGUGUCAUGCUGUCUCUGCGUGCUGGUGCCUCUGUUCAUAGUGAGCAGCAUCUAGUUUCCCUGGUGCCCUUCCCUGAAGGUCUCUCCUUCCCUUCCCCCAGACCCUGCCCAGUGGCACUCUCUUCCCAGCUGGCUGCUCUGCCUGCCCUGUGUCAGCACAGUUUUCUAUUUCAGGCUGAGGAACCGAAGCUGGCCCAGUUGUCCAUUGCAAGAGAGGGUUUUGGGUCAAAAUGUGAUGCUGGGGGUGGGGGACCCAGGGAGGGCAGGGAAAGAAUUUCGGUGGAAGUCUUAGGUGUUGUGGUCAGCCUCAACCGUGGGAAAUGAGCUGGCCCAGCACAUCGUCCUCAGCAGCAUCAAGGAAGGGCCAAGGAAUCCAAAGCUAGAUCUUGGGAUUCAAAUUGGAAUGUCACAUCUGUCUAUCCCAUCCCAGAUUCUACGAACAGCAGUGUAUAUUUUUGGUGGUGGUGGG